GUCAGUAUUACCAUCUCAAGGAUAUAGUCUUCAGUCUUUCAGAUAGGUCAUACAAAUUAACUGGCCUCCAGCUCGUCGCAGUACCUACUAGUAGUACCUAGUAAUCACGAUGGUUAUCCUUGCCCGAGUCUCACUACUUCUUGUCCCGUUACUGGGGACUUUGUCUCAUGCAAUUCAGGCCGAAGACUAUCCCUCAACCUGCGUCGAUGCCUGCGACGGCAUAGAGCCGGAUCCGACCGACACGAAUUAUUACUGCGACUACUGCAUCUGCAAGAACAAAUUGCUAGGAUGGUCCAAUUUCCAACCGACCGACAACUUCACCGACAUGUUCACCGACUGGGUUCCGCUGGGCGGCCUCUGUCCGAAAGAUUGGCUCUGUACCUGGGCGAACUGGACCGACAAUGGAUUCAACCCCACUUAUAGCAAACUUGUCUAUCCACCCAACAAUGGCUUCAAUGGCUGUCCUAAGAAUGUGAGUCUAGGGGUUGGCACCUUAGUGGACCGCUUUGGCACGCAAAAUGGCAGUUAUCUCGCCCCGGCGGACGCUCCGUACGCACAGCGCUCCAUCGGGCCAAGCAGUCUGAACAAGUACAAUGGUAGUACCAUGUACAACUACUGGAGAUUCAAUGUGACUGAGGAGUUUGUGGCUUUGGGUGGGGAGAUCCUGCCGUGGUAUGGUCAACCUGGAGGUGGCUGGCAGUGGUAUGCAAAUGUAACCCAGUUGCAAAUUGACGGCAAGCUUAAGUUGGUCGGGGCGACGACUUUUGAGGUUAAUGAAGCUUGGGAGGCUGCUGGGCCGAUGGAGAGAGUCUAUGGUCUUCAGGAUUAUUAGGUAGUAGCUGAGUAGCUGAAGUGUAGUGUUGGCGAUGGGGAUUGUGUAUUGCACGGGCCCUGUUCCUUGGGCAGCGGAGUCAGUAGGUGUCGGAGGACUGGGGUGUAUGUGCCGUUACUAGUAUUGAAAUCAAAACAACUUCUAUAGAGUCAAUAAUUAGCUGGAGUAACUUUGCAGGUAGACAAGGGGGUAG